AACACCAAGGAUCUCCGCCCCUCCGACAUCCCUCGCCCAAAUCCUCCCGACGACGCUAGGGUUCGUGGCGGGGGGAUCGAAUUCCAGCCUCCCCGCUACUCGUCCGCGGAUUCAGCAUGGGCUCCGCCUCCCCGCAGGACCCGUUCUACAUCGUCCGGGAGGAGAUCCAGGGCUCGAUUGGUAAGCUGCAGAGUAAUUUCCAUAGGUGGGAGCAAGCUGCUUCAAAUACUGGAGAAUAUGUUCAUCUGACCAAAGAGCUUCUCACCAGCUGUGAGAGCAUUGAGUGGCAGGUGGAUGAGUUGGAAAAGACAAUCACAGUUGCAUCAAGAGAUCCAGCAUAUUACGGGCUCGAUGAAGUUGAACUCUCCAGACGACGGAACUGGAUUGGCUCUGCUCGUAAUCAGGUGGGUACUGUCAGGACAUCUGUUGAAAAGGGGAAGAGCAAUUCAGCAAUGGCAAGACAUCAGGACCUGACGGGCACAAGCAGAACUAACCACUAUUCUUCCCAAGACAAUGAUGAUUAUAUUGAUUCAGAAUCAGAUAGACAGCUGCUACUCAUGAGGCAGCAGGAUGAUGAACUUGAUGAGCUCAGUGAGAGUGUAAUCAGGAUCGGAAGCGUAGGGCUAACGAUACAUGAAGAACUGUCUGGACAGGAAAGGAUCAUUAACGACCUAAGCCUGGAGAUGGAGACUACUUCAAACAGACUCGACUUCGUGCAGAAAAAAGUAGGAGCUGUAAUGAAGAAGGCCGGCAUCAAGGGUCAGAUCAUGCUGAUCCUGUUCCUGGUCGUCCUGUUCAUUGUACUCUUUGUUCUAGUGUUCUUGACAUAGAAUUGUAGGAUGAUGUACGUGUACCUAUACGUUGUGUAGAAAUAUAUGUACGAGUUACCCAUUUUACCUGUCUGUUGUGUUAGCACAUUUGAAAGAAAAAAAAAAAAGGGGCAAUUGUCUGGGGUUCACAA